AUGGAUCGCAUCACAAAUCCGGCGCCGACACAGCGAUUGACCUCGCCGCCUUCCUCGCCUACGUCAUGGCUGAAGACCAACACCGGGCCGAUGUUCCCCAAAGACAAAGAGCCCGCCAUCCGUGGGGAGAGGCCUCGCUAUGAUUGGGUUUACGACCAAGCUGUGAACGCCACCCAUGACAAGCUCAAUGGCGUCAUGCGAACACAGCUGGACGUGUGGCACUGCCCGAAGACGAACGGCACCCAGUACAUCCUCCAUGCCUCCAGCCACAUUGUGGACACUCCGACGAGGCAGAGGGUCGCGCGCUGGUACAACAAGUCCUUCCUCCAGCAGACGGGGCAGCUGGGCAACAAGUACGACCCGCUGGCGACGGGCCCCUUAGGCGGAGGGGUCACCAUCCGCCACGACGGCACCAUCCGGCCGAAGCUCCAGCGCUCGAACACGGCCCCCGGUGGUGGGAUGCGCACUCUCCAGGUGGCCGGCGAGAACUACCUGCCGCCCUGGGCGAACCGGAGUCAGUACGAGCCCGGCUCUCACAGUAAGGCGAUCAUGCGAUGUGAGCAGGCCAAGGGCAGGAACUUCUCAAAGCACCCGAAGCUGGAAACACCCAGGCUGGCCACCACCAGGCAGGCGGGAAGGGAGGACCACGCAGCCAGGGCAGACCAGCAAGUGAGUGAGCGAGCCCGGCUUCGCGGCGGCCAGGAAGUGAGCGAGUGA